AUGGUUUCCCCGCUGGAGCGUGCCUCGAUCGAAGAUAUGCUCCUCGCUGCUGAAGAGACCCUGAGGAACCUCCCUGGUUAUCGAUUGAUCGCCGCAGAGGAUUGGAUCCCGGACAUGGAUUCCCAUGUUAUGCUAGCAGCAUGUAGGGGAGACGAGGUUGCGAAAGCGAGGCAGGUAAAGAAGGAGAAAGGCAUGGAGGUAUGGAGCGGUGUAUUCACGAACUCGCUCUUAAAGGUCCUGAAGUCUGGUGUGUUGGAAGAAGAAGCGACAUAUGUUGACCUCAUUAACGCUCUGCCAUGA